UUUUUUAUGCGAUUGAUAACAAAAGGUCCAUUGAAUAACAUUAACAAUAACGAUAUUCCAAGGAUUGUUUGAUUUUCACCUCCUUAUCAACAACUAACUACAACUCCCAGAGUCCCACGCGGCCAAAGGCGCUCGCGCUCGCGAUCCUUACACGGCGUCACGAGUCACCCGCGCUGUCAUGGGGGGAGAAUAACAGUUAAAAGUUAGCUUAGCAACAACCGGCACCGAUGAAAUAAAUCUGCGACACUGGCGGCGGAGAGCUAACCGGGAAGUUACCAUGGCCAACAUCACGAAGAAGGUGUCGUGGUCCAGCAGGGCCGACGAGUCCGGGGCCACCGGGGAGGGGACGCCGCUGCUCAACGGCUCCGGGCAGCCCAGGCUCUCCAGACAGCUGUCUGGAGGAGGCAGUGUAUUUCAGACAGGCAGACUCAGCACGGUGGAUUUGGAGGAGGAGAUGUCGUCGGAGGAGGACUCUCUAAGGGGGCGGCUGAAAGAGAUCCCUCACAACGAGAAGCUGCUGUCGCUUAAAUUUGAGAGUCUGGACUAUGAUAACAUUGAGAAUCAGCUGUUCCUGGAGGAGGAGAGGCGGAUGAGUUACAUGGGUUUCCGCUGUCUGGAGAUCAGUCGCUGGGUCGUCUGCGGUCUGAUCGGCUUUCUGACCGGCCUCAUCGCCUGUUUUAUAGACAUCGCGGUGGAGGAAAUGGCUGGCAUCAAAUACCGAGUGGUCAAAGAGAACAUAGAGAAGUUCACCGAGGUGGGCGGCCUGUCGAUCUCCCUCAUCCUCUGGGUUGUCCUCAACUCCGUCUUUGUCAUGGUGGGGGCCAUCAUCGUUGCUUGCAUUGAGCCCAUCGCAGCAGGAAGUGGUAUUCCUCAGAUAAAAUGUUACCUGAACGGAGUCAAGAUUCCCAGGGUGGUGCGGCUCAAGACUCUGGUGGUGAAGGUGUUUGGUGUUAUCUGUUCGGUGGUUGGAGGGCUGGCGGUUGGAAAGGAAGGGCCCAUGAUUCACUCGGGGGCCGUGGUCGCUGCCGGGGUCUCACAGGGCCGGAGCACCUCCCUGAAGAAAGACCUGAAGAUGUUUGAAUACUUCCGGAGAGACACGGAAAAACGCGACUUUGUGUCGGCCGGAGCCGCCGCCGGAGUUUCAGCUGCUUUUGGAGCCCCAGUCGGCGGCGUUCUUUUCUCUCUGGAGGAGGGAGCUUCUUUCUGGAACCAGAUGCUGACGUGGAGGAUAUUCUUUGCCUCUAUGAUCUCCACCUUCACCCUCAACUUCUUCCUCAGCAUCUACCACAAAAAACCAGGAGAGCUUUCCAACCCGGGUCUCAUCAACUUUGGCCGCUUCGAGACCGAUAGUGUGGAUUAUAAUCUCUACGAGAUUCCCCUGUUCAUCAUUAUGGGAGCCAUAGGUGGGUUGCUCGGCGCUCUGUUCAACAAGCUCAACUACUGGCUGACUAUCUUCAGGAUCAGAUAUGUUCACCGCCCCUGUUUACAGGUGAUUGAGGCCAUGCUGGUUGCUGCGGUUACCGCGACGGUUUCCUUCACCAUGAUCUACUUCUCCAAUGAUUGUCAACCUCUGGGGCCUGAUCACACUGAGGAGUACCCACUGCAGUUGUUCUGUGCUGACGGAGAGUAUAACUCCAUGGCAACGACCUUCUUCAACACUCCGGAGAGAAGUGUCCGCAGUCUCUUCCACAACCAGCCAGGAACCUACAACCCUUUGACCCUGGGUCUGUUCACCUUGACUUAUUUCUUCCUGGCGUGUUGGACCUACGGCCUGGCGGUGUCUGCCGGAGUCUUCAUCCCGUCUCUGCUGAUAGGAGCGGCCUGGGGGAGGCUGUUCGGGAUCCUGCUGGCCUCCAUCACCUCCACCGGCUCGAUCUGGGCCGGCCCCGGGAAAUACGCCCUGAUUGGAGCUGCAGCUCAAUUAGGCGGCAUAGUGAGGAUGACCCUCAGCUUGACCGUCAUCAUGGUGGAGGCCACGGGAAACGUCACAUUCGGCCUCCCCAUCAUGCUCGUCCUCAUGACGGCCAAGAUAGUAGGAGACUAUUUUGUAGAGGGUCUGUACGACAUCCACAUCAAGCUGCAGAGCGUUCCCUUCCUGCACUGGGAUGCUCCCGCCACCUCCCACUGGUUGACCGCCAGAGAGGUGAUGAGCUCUCCGGUCACCUGCUUGAACCGGAUAGAGAAGGUGGGGACCAUCGUGGACGUCCUCAGCAACACGUCGACCAAUCACAACGGCUUCGCUGUCGUCACGCAGGGCGCCAGCGGCGACGAGCCGGCGAAGCUCUGCGGCCUCAUCCUCCGCUCGCAGCUCAUCGUUCUUCUCAAGCACAAGGUGUUCGUGGAGCUGGCCCGGUCCCGGCUCACCCUGAGGAAGCUCCAGCUGAAGGACUUCAGGGACGCGUAUCCCCGCUUCCCCCCGAUCCAGAGCAUCCACGUGUCCCAGGACGAGAGGGAGUGCAUGAUGGACCUCAACGAGUUCAUGAACGCGACGCCCUACACAGUGCCGCAGGACACUUCUCUGCCGCGCGUGUUUAAGCUGUUCAGAGCGCUGGGACUCAGACACCUGGUGGUGGUGGACGACGAGAACCGGGUGGUUGGACUGGUGACCAGGAAAGACUUGGCCAGAUAUCACCUGGGAAAACAUGGGCUGGAAGAGCUUCAGCUGGCCCAGACAUAGUACACACACACACACACACACGGACACACACACGCACUAUGACCCCUGAUGUCUUGGAAGCUGUUUUGUACGCAGGACGCUGUUGAGGGUCUCUAUUGAUCUUUGAUGCCAAAUCGAGUGUAAAAAUUGGAGGAAAAAGGCUGAUUCAAAAGGAGAAUCUCAGCCGAUGGGCCUUGUGCGACUUUUUCAAAAUCGACUUUGUGUCUUUGUGUUUGGCGUCAACGCAGCGUUAAGUGUUUUACUUUGAAAGGAUCCGGACUUCUGUUACCGUUAUCACUGUUUGUUUUCCGGCUGCCGGAAUGAAUCCUUAAAUGGUGGCACGGGGGCUUUGGUACUUUUUGGGAGUGGAGAAGUCGGAGGAAACGUUAGUAUUAUUUUUAUUGGAGGAUUCUUCCUCUGCGUAAACACGCUCACGUAGCUCUAUGUGGGGGGUCAAGUUAAACAGAACCAAAAGGAUCUUUUCAAAAUAAAACCUGCAGCAGGAUCGAGAUGAGAUGAAAGGCUUCUUCUGUCCUCAGCGGGACGUUAACGGUGUUCAGACUCGUUGUGACACAAUACAGACGAAGGCUUUCUAUUUGUUGCUAUUAAACUAACAAGGCAAGUAAAGAGUGAGUUUAAAUGGUUUACUGGCCAUUCGAGUUUUUAUUUCAUUUUCUGUUGUGUAGUUUUGCACUGAGCGAAUGCUGUUAUUUAUUGUUGGAUAUUUUAAGUUUGUGGUUGAGACAGAUCUCAUAUCCCAGAAUUCAAGAGUGGUAACGUUUUGAAGAUGCAUUUCCUGUGUUGUUGUCUGCUUUACUGAGCUGAGAUAUAUAUAUAUAUAUAUAUAUAUAUAUUUAUAUAU